AUUCAACUUUAUGGCAACGAAAAAAAACAACGUUUAGUUUUAGCCAGGUCGGACGUGAUUGUUUAGUUUUUGGAUUUUGCUUGAAAAUUACGCCUUCAAUUACUGCCCGAUUAAAGUAAUUCAUCCGUCUCUACCGAAACUAGUGCAACGAAAAUCCGAAACGAAGCGCCACUCUGGUUGCAGGCAACAACACAAAAUAUAUGGGCACAAAUUUGUAUCGCAAUGAAAGUGGAAAUCGUGUGAUGUCAUGUUGACGACAAAACUGUGCUCUGCCGUUUUUUGUUAAUUGAAACAACUUCCUGCGCUGCCAACUGCUCUGUGUGGGUGUGGGAGAGUGUGCAACACGCGCCUGGAAUAGUAUUGUUCCAAGUGCGACAAGUGCAAAAAAACACACAUUUUGGUUUGUGGAAAAAGAAUUGAAUUGAACAGAAAUUCCAAUUUUCAUUCCACUUCACUGGAGAGUAGCACAAAAGAGAAAAGGUAAAACGCACACGCACACACCAGCGCAGCGCAGAGCUGAGAACAUCACAGUGUGUGUGUGUGUGGAGUUAUGAACGCCUCCCCACAUUUUGAAUGUGUCUAAGUAAACGGGAAACUGCAGAAGCUCCAGCGCCACCACAACCCCCUGCACUCCACGUCCGGCAUAAACAAAACGAGAGGAACAUUUUGUAUUGAUUUCCCUCCAAAAACAAAAACAGAGGGAGAACAAGAAAUCUACGAUUCCGCCCAAGCAACAGGAGAGUCACAGGAGGAGCCAGUGCCACGCCUACGGGCUGCCUUUACCGUCCGAUCCACCCGCAUUUCCCUUCCAUUAGCAGCACGCCCCUAUCCACCAGCCAUGUCCAGUCCCAGCCAAACAGAGGGCAGCCAAUCCCUCGAGGAGCUGCGCAUGGAAGUGGAGCGUCUGACCCGAGAACUUGACCAGGUAUCCUCCGCCAGCGCCCAGUCGGCCCAAUAUGGCUUGUCCCUGUUGGAGGAGAAGUCGGCGCUGGAGCAGAAAUGCGAGGAGCUGGAAACGCUCUACGAUAACACACGGCACGAGCUGGACAUAACGCAAGAGGCCCUAACAAAGUUCCAAAGCUCACAGAAGGUCACCAACAAGACGGGCAUCGAGCAGGAGGACGCACUGCUCAAUGAGUCCGCGGCCAGGGAAACCUCGCUCAAUAUGCAAAUCUUUGACCUGGAGAACGAUACAAAACAGCUGCGCCAUGAGCUGGAGCGAGUGCGAAACGAGCGCGAUCGCAUGCUGCAGGAGAACUCGGACUUUGGUCGUGACAAGAGUGACAACGAGGCGGAGCGACUGCGUCUCAAGUCCGAGUUAAAGGAUCUAAAGUUUCGGGAGACGCGUAUGCUCAGCGAGUACUCGGAGCUGGAAGAGGAGAACAUAUCGCUGCAGAAGCAGGUCUCCAAUCUGCGUAGCUCUCAGGUGGAGUUUGAAGGUGCCAAACAUGAGAUUCGUCGUCUCACCGAAGAGGUUGAGUUGCUGAAUCAACAGGUGGAUGAGCUGGCGAAUCUCAAGAAGAUUGCCGAAAAACAAAUGGAGGAGGCUCUGGAGGCAUUGCAGGGGGAACGCGAGGCAAAGUAUGCGCUGAAGAAGGAGCUGGAUGGCCAUUUGAAUCGCGAGUCCAUGUAUCACAUCAGCAAUCUGGCCUACAGCAUACGCAACAAUAUGGAGGACAAUGUCAGCCAGAAUUCGGAUGGCGAGGAGGAGAAUCUAGCACUGAAACGCCUGGAGGCUGACCUGAGCACCGAACUGAAAUCUCCCGAUGGCACCAAAUGCGAUCUCUUCUCCGAAAUCCAUCUGAACGAGCUGAAGAAACUCGAAAAGCAGCUGGAGAGCAUGGAGAACGAGAAGACUCAUCUGACGGCCAAUCUGCGGGAGGCUCAAACGAGUCUGGACAAGUCACAAAACGAGUUGCAGAACUUCAUGUCCCGCCUGGCACUAUUGGCCGCCCAUGUGGAUGCUUUGGUGCAGCUGAAGAAGCAGAUUGAUGUCAAGGACCAGACGGCUGGGCAGGACCAGAAGGACGAACUGCAGCAGCAGCUGCGUGCAAUCAUCUCGCAGUACGCCAACUGGUUCACGCUCUCCGCCAAGGAGAUCGAUGGCCUCAAGACUGACAUUUCCGAGCUUCAAAAGGGCCUUAACUACACAGAUGCCACCACCACGUUGCGCAAUGAGGUGACCAAUCUGAAGAACAAGCUCCUGGCCACCGAGCAAAAGUCCCUGGAUCUGCAGAGCGAUGUGCAGACCCUCACGCACAUCUCCCAGAAUGCCGGCCAGAGCCUGGGCUCGGCUCGCAGCACUCUGGUGGCCCUCAGCGAUGAUCUGGCUCAGCUUUAUCAUCUGGUCUGCACUGUCAAUGGGGAGACUCCCACGCGUGUACUACUGGAUCAUAAGAGCGAUGAUAUGAGCUUUGAGAACGAUUCGCUUACUGCCAUCCAGUCACAGUUCAAGUCCGAUGUGUUCAUUGCUCGUCCACAAAUCGUCGAGGAUCUGCAGGGCUUGGCCGAUUCGGUGGAGAUCAAGAAGUAUGUGGACACGGUCAGCGAUCAGAUCAAGCAUUUGAAGACAGCUGUGGAGCAUACCAUCGAUUUGAACAAACACAAAGUUCGCUCCGAGGGUGGAGAUGCUGUGGAAAAGGGCAACAGCGAGGAAAUGGAAGAGUUGCAGGAGCAAAUAGUCAAGCUCAAGAGUUUGCUGUCGGUGAAACGCGAACAAAUCGGAACCCUGCGCAAUGUGCUCAAGUCAAACAAACAAACCGCCGAGGUGGCUCUCACCAAUCUCAAGUCCAAGUACGAGAACGAGAAGAUUAUUGUCAGCGACACCAUGUCCAAGCUGCGUAACGAGCUCCGUUUGCUCAAAGAAGAUGCAGCCACCUUCUCCAGUCUGCGUGCCAUGUUUGCUGCACGCUGCGAGGAGUAUGUCACUCAGGUGGAUGAUCUCAAUCGCCAGCUGGAGGCUGCCGAGGAGGAGAAGAAGACACUCAAUCAGCUGCUGCGUCUGGCUGUCCAGCAGAAGCUGGCCCUCACCCAGCGUCUGGAGGAGAUGGAAAUGGAUCGCGAAAUGCGACAUGUGCGUCGUCCGAUGCCACCGCAGAGUGCCACACGCGGCAAGUCCUCGUUCAGUACACGUCCAUCGAGCAGGAAUCCAGCGAGCAGUAAUGCAAAUCCCUUCUAACAUAAAAUCAGCGUGCAGCGUAAACUUUUGGCUUUAGUUUAUACUUUGCUUAAGUUGUAAGUUCGUUGGAGUUCCUUCAGACAGAGAGAGAGAGAUUUAUAAAGAGAUCAGCCCUGCAGCAAUACACAAAACUUACUGCAGAUUGUGAACGAUUUGGGAACGAAGCUAUAACUAUUCUCCAUCUAACUACUAUAACUAUAUAUUUGUUUGUAUUGUAUUUGUAUUUAUUGAAAGUUUAGUUAGAAUGAAAGUUUUGUGUUAGACAAGAUCGAAAGGAAGCCGGAAGCAGUAAAUGGUUAUUAACGGUUAGUUACUUAAACGUCCAAUUAAUUUAAUUAAAACGAAACGAAAAAUGUGAGGUAAACGAGAAGAUAUAACGUAACGAAUUGUAUUUUUCUAAAUGCGAAUCACAUGUACUAUAUGUAUUCGAUAGCGUCCUAGUUUCAUAUCAAUUUGAUUUUUGUUAAGUUUCGCGUUGAAUUUUGAAUUUUUGUUAUCAACGCUGUGCGCAAGCAAGGAAAAGUAAAA